AUGCCAUGUUCAGAUGUCCACAUAAUAAAUAAUAUAUGUUCGAAAAUAGUAAAAGUAGUGUUUUUAUAUUUGCUGCUUCUUCAGAAGAAACAGAAAUUUCCAAAUGUUGUGUAUUCAGUGGGGAUAAUGAUAAAAAAAAAUAAUUACCAUUUGGGGAAUUCCAGUGGUAGAACAAAUUUGGAUUACCCAUAUUCUGAUCGGAAUUGUUCUGCUCAUCAUAUUACAAUUCGCAAUGCCCGUUUUGGUCAGUACCCUAGAAGCAUUCUUUCCAAUGAUGGCCUUUUCAAUGUCCAAUCGAUAAGAAGGAUUAAAGUAGUAUGUAAAAAUGGCCCCAUGACAAGACCCCUUAAAUUUUAUAUUGAGAAUUUCCAUUGUGCUAAAAAAGUAAUACAGAAAAUAUAUUCUUUACAGGCACAACCAAGAUGGAAAAAUGUAAAUUUUAUGAAAAAACUAAGUAAAAUAUAUAUGAUAGAGGAAAACUAUGAAGAAAUUAUUAACCGAAUAAACAACAAUGUUAUAAGAAGAGCUUUAGGUAGCAACUGUUAUGAAGACGAUGGUCAUAGGAGUAAUACUACAUAUAGUAGAGAAAAUUACGACCAGAAUUCACUUCUAGAAAUUGUUAAUACUCAAACUGAAAUUCCAAUUAACCUCCCACAUUUUGAAAAAGAAGUAAGAAAGCUUAUUCAUCUAAUGAAAUAUAAGGAUUUUCAAUUAAAUAUAACAUUUGUCAGUUUAAAAGAUAUGAAAAAUCUUAAUAGAAUUCAUAGAGGAAAAAACGAACCAACCGACGUUAUCUCUCUGUUGCACUAUGUGUCUAGUGAUGAAGGUAUAUCCUCAAAUUGUAAAUCAGCACACGAUGACAUAUCUGGUAGGAGAUAUUUAAGAUCCGGAGACAUUUACUUAUGUCCCGCGUAUAUAAACAAGGAGUGUAUUCUCUCGAGGAUUAGGUACGAGCGUGAGAUAAUGGACAAGGCCAACGAUGAGAGUGGUGACAGGGAUAAUCAAAGGAUAGAUGAUGAAGCUAUAGGAGAAAGAGGUGAGAGUAGUGAUGGAAACAUGCUGGAAAAUCACGACCACGAUUACAACCAUAAAAAUGAGGAAGAAAUGUCUCUUCGAGGAGUUAACAAACUGUUUAAUACUCUUUUCUGCGUAAACCAGAGGUUACCAUUGUAUGUUUUGCAUGGGUUAAUACAUUUAUCGAACAAGGAUCAUGUUAAUAAUAUGAAAGAAUAUAAUGAAUUUAUGGAUAUUGAAGAAGAAAUGAUAGAAAAGUAUUUGAAGUUUCAUCAUUACACACAUACGUUUUAUUCACAUUAUGUUAUUGGAGUUGGAACAGAUAUCCUAAAUGUUAAUAGAAUUUAUAAAAUUCUUCAAAAAAAGAAUGAAGCGUUUUUCUUAAAAAAGGUUUUGAGUUCUCUCGAGAUGCGUGAGUUUGAACAGGGGAUCUUUGGCACAGAAGUGUAUACUCAGGAAAGUUAUGGAUUGGCCGAUGAAAAAAGUAAAGACGAGAACAGAAGCGAUUAUUCAGAACGACGUAACCGAUGUUACUCCCAUGGACACUCUGGAGAAGCCCUUACAGAAAAAUGCAACAUAAAUUAUACACUAAAAUUGGCUAUCCACGUAAGCAAAAAAUUCGCUGCCAAAGAAGCUAUACUUAAAUGCAUGGGUCGAGGCUUAAGUUCAAUAUCCAAAUAUGGGUUAAGCAUGAAUGACAUAGAGAUAAGAAAUGACAAGUAUGGGAAGCCGCACGUUAUUUUAUAUAACAAGGCACAUAAAAUAGCUAACGAAAUGGGUAUUGUAAACAUUUUUCUGUCAAUAAGUGAUGAAAAAAUAACAUGUUCAAAUCAUAAUAUUAUGAACGAUCAGUCAGCUAUGUGCAAUUUUUGCACAUAUCUCAUCCAUGCACAAGCACUUUCGGUUGGUUCAAACGUUUGA